AUGGUCAGGUCCCUCGCUUUGCUUCCUCUCCUCUCCGGCCUCUUCUCGCCGGUGAUCGCCUUGAGCCGGAAUCCAAUCCAGGUCCAGGAACCAAACCAGGCACAAACUCAAGGGCAUGCUGCCUUUCCCUCAUGCGCCGUGAACUGCUCGCUCCUCCAACAGGCCCAGAGAGAGUGUGCUGACAACGAACAUGCGACGAUCGCUUCGUGUUUCUGCCAAUCUAGCCUGAUCGAUCGACUCCAUAGCGGCCCGGAUGGAGUUUGCGACCAGGUUUGCACUGCCUCCGAUCGCGCCUUGCUCCACGCCUGGUACGGCAAAUAUUGCUCCAAGAACACAAAGAGAGAUUUAGUUUCUACACUAGAGACACCACUGGAGGAUACGGAAAUGGCUCCAUCGCAGAAUUUUUCUACAUUGAAGCCAAGAGGCGGGGGUGAUUGGUGGUCGACUCACUACCAAUGGAUUAUCAUGGUCAUCGUCCUCAUCAUCGGCUUCACCAUCCUCACCGUCCUAGGCGUCUGGCUCAAGCGCCGCCACGACGCCAAAUACCCUCACCUCUACCACGGCGGCAGUCGAGGCAGCAGCGGUCUCCUGCUCAAUCGCCAGCAACAGUCCGACCCGACUCUCAACCAGCCCGGUUCUUUCGAUCCGAAUCUCGAAAUGGCCCAGCCGCGUCGCUUCGAAGGCGCGAAUACAGACUCAUUUGCCAGCAGCUCGCGCACGGCGAUUACCAAUCCUCGAACUGGACGCACGCCGUCCCGGAAUCGGUUGCAGCGACAGAUGCAGUCGCCUGUGCAGUCGCCUAGGAACAGUGACUUGAUCCGGGCGGCGUCGCCCCGGUAG